GAAGACAAGAUGUCUGAUCCACUGAAUGAUAUCCAAGCUGUCAAAAGUCGACAUGGAAAUCUCCGUGCGAAAAUGGCAGCUCGCAGAAAACAGCGCGAAGGUUUGGAAGCAGAAAUUACAAGCAUUACUUCGCCACUGCAACCGGCGACCUCCUCGUCAACUCCAGCGUCAUCCAAGCCUGAAAUGAAGACAUCCCUGAUUACAGCUCAGUCCAGUGGUUUAAAAGCUCCAGAAAGUACUCCUGUCCCACAAUUAUUGAAACCUGACUCUGCUAGGGAAUCUGAAACAACACAGAAAGCUGACCCUGAGAUGGAGAAGCGUGUGCGAAUGAUGCUAUGUGACAUUAGUCUGGAUAUUCCAUGUAACUCUGCAGUAAUCGCUGAGCAAGUUUCCAACCUGAUGGGCCGGGAUAUCCAGUUAGCAGUUAUUGAAGAUGUGCUUAAGAAAUUUGCUUCACAACAGAUGAUCAGUAUCACCUCCAUAGAUCAGAUUGGAUCUGACCGGAGUAGACUUCUGGUUAACACAUUAGAUAUUGCCAAGUUGUCCGUAAUAAAAGGUGAAGACUCUCAGCACAAGAAGCGGACUAGAGACAGUGAUGGAGAAGAAGGCAUAGAACCACCCUCUAAACAUCCCAAACUUAAGGAAGUGAAGGAGGAUACUAGUAUAGAGAGUCUACUGUCUAUGCAGUCUGCAAAAGAGAAAGAAAACAAGAAAUUAAAUGAAGAAAUCCUUGAUCUUCUGACAAAGCCAACAGCUAAGGAACAAAGUUUAGUGAAGCGUUUCAAAUCUCAGGGUGGUGCACAGUUGAAGGAGUUUUGUCAAUAUGGUACUCGAGAGGAAUGCAAGAAACUUGGUGAAACCAAAGAACAGUGUAGAAAAUUACACUUCAGGAAAAUCAUCCACAAACACACAGAUGAAACCUUGGGUGAUUGUUCUUUUCUGAACACAUGUUUUCACAUGGAUACUUGUAAGUAUGUCCAUUACGAGAUUGACUACCCAGCCGUCAGUACAACUGACGCCAUGAAAAAAGAAGCUCUAGCCAUGGCAAAGAAAGGAUUGGAAUCUGGUGAUGUGCUGUAUCCUCCUCAGUGGGUUCAGUGUGACCUGCGAUUCUUUGAUAUGACCGUCCUUGGAAAGUGUGCAGUUGUGAUGGCUGAUCCACCCUGGGACAUCCACAUGGAGCUUCCAUACGGGACCAUGUCUGAUGAUGAGAUGAGGAAAUUGGAUGUCCCUAGUCUCCAGGACGAUGGAUUUAUCUUCCUCUGGGUUACUGGGAGAGCUAUGGAGCUUGGUCGGGAAUGCCUCGACUUAUGGGGGUACAAACGGGUCGAUGAGGUGAUUUGGGUGAAAACGAAUCAGCUCCAGAGAAUUAUUCGGACGGGACGUACUGGUCACUGGCUCAAUCAUGGCAAGGAACACUGUCUGGUUGGUGUGAAGGGAAAUCCCCAGGGAGCUAACAGAGGACUUGAUUGUGAUGUUAUCGUGGCAGAGGUGCGUGCAACCAGUCACAAACCAGAUGAGAUUUACGGUAUUAUUGAGAGACUAUCUCCAGGGACUAGAAAGGUAGAACUGUUUGGACGACCACAUAAUGUACAGCCAAACUGGAUAACCCUGGGCAAUCAGGUGGAGGGUGUGAGACUAAAAGAUCCUGAUGUUGUCAAAUUGUUCCGCAACAGGUAUCCUGACGGUAACUGUCUGACCCCAAAAAGCAAAUGAGAACUUUCAGUUAAGUUCCUGAAGGAUUCAAGUAUUAUUGCCCAAAACUUGCAAAAGGCAGAUGAGAAGGUCUGCAAGGCUACAAGGGAAUAUGUAACAUUGUAACUAUUGGAGGUUCUGGUUAACCCCAUGCAAGUGAAAGCCUUGUAAAAUAUCUUCUAUAAAAGUUCUGAAGAAAAAAUCAACAUAUUGUCUGGAGCAAAAUGAAAUCUUGUGAAAGACCAGACAGAACUCGCAGGAUGUUAUCCUAAACAAGUGAGAAUUUUCUUUGGAAGUUCCGGAUUAUGUCAAAAGUUAGGUGAGAAUGAAUUAUCAGUUUUCUGAAAGAAUCUUUAAAAACAAAUCAGUUUGGUCACUGCAUUGGAUGUGGUGAGUGAUGAGAAUCAGUCUGUUAUACGUUGAAUGUACAGUCGUAAAUGUAUGGUACGAGAUCUGAAAUAUGUUUUCAGGUCAGAAUUGACUGGAAUUUCUUCAUGAUUCACCAUUUUGUUACUGGGCAACUGAAAUGGUGUCUGGGUGAACUUCAGUCCGAUAUUAAUCGUACUUUAUUAGUAUUCAUGGUCACUGUCCAAGAUCGUGUUUUAAAACCUUUUACUGAUUGUAAGGUUAAUGCGAUAAAGCAUACACAUCUGAACUGUAAGUCUUUGUUUUUCUUUUUAACACUCAGAAAUUUGAAGGUUAGCUUUUGUAUGGUUUUCAUGCGAAGUAGAACAUAUCAUAUUAUGAUUUUCCAUUUCCAUUUGAAUCCGUGUCCUACAUACCAAAAGCCAAAUGUAAGUCCUUAUUAUACAGUACAUAUACCAUUGUUAGUCUAGUUCCAUGUUUGUCAAGUAGAAAAGUAUCUUAUUACACUUAUAUUUGACAUCCAUGGCUUUGAACAUUUCUCUCCUUGCAGUUGUGGUUACUCUCAGGAUAAUUAUAACCCUAAAAUGAAAAGCAUCUGGGUUGGCGUUUUACCGAGUUAGCAAGCCUUCACCUAUGGUGACUCAUGAUUGCUUCAUGUCAUAUGUUGUUGGGACCCAUCUUUAAUAUACUAUUGACAUGUGUUGUUUGUCAUGAAGUAUGCCAUUUAUAGAUCUAUGUCACUAGGCCUGUUGCUGCUACUACAUGUAAGUCAUAAGGAGUAAUACUGCGUCUUUCAAUCACUGGUUUGUGCAGAAUAUCAAAAGUACUGACUGAUGGCCUUCCUGAACGUGAUCUUCUAAUCUUUCUCCACUGUGACAAGGAUGUAUAUUAGGGACAGUGCAUUUUACCAUGCUACAGGAAAAAUGGGAGACUUGUUUUUUUUAAAAUUCAGUAGUUUAUAGGUUUUGAAGGGAACUGCCAUGUUAAGAAUUGGUGCGUUUUACUGGUAUUUUAGAGCUGUAAAAACAUACUAUUUAUAUUAUCACAGUUCGGGGAAAGGAUUGUAAAUUUAUAAUAUGUUAAAAAUUCGUUUAGAUAUUUCAUCUGGUCUUAGAAACACAAACAAAUUGAAACGAAAAUUACUAUAAUUACACUAAAUCUGAAAAACCCUACAAAUAUAGAUACAGGUGAAACCUAAUCAGUGAAUCCAAUUAAUAUGUUCUUUAAAGUGGUUGUGGCUGUUGGGACAUCAGUAAAGUGUGAAUUAAUACACAAGACACUUUAUCCCAUUGUGUUAUACCCACUUUGUAUCUCAUGUCAAAAGAAUACUUGAUCCGUGUUUUGUAAGAUCAUGUUGCUGAUGUUUUGUUAGCGUGUGUUGAUGUGUGACUGAAAUUGAAUGAGAUUCAAUAAAAUAAAAAUAUACAUAUGUAAA